CACACACUCAACACAGUCAACGUCAACUCUUGCAACAUGAAGUCUUUAAUGUUGGUGGUGGUGGUGGCCCUGGCCGCCCUGAUUGGGUCAGCCACCGCUAUGCCUGACCCCAACGCCGUGGCUGACGCGCAGUAUGGUGGAUAUGGUGGAUAUGGUGGAUUUGGUGGAAGAGGAUUUGGUGGAGGCGGAUUUGGAGGUGGAUUUGGUGGAAGAGGAUUUGGUGGAAGAGGAUUUGGUGGAGGCGGAUUCGGUCAUGGUGGCGGAUUCGGUGGUCAAGGUGGAUAUGGAGGCUAUGGCUUCCGUGGCUAAACUUGGACAGUUGUGUCCAGGACUGUGGAUCUCCUCUGACGCAAAGAAUGCCGCCGUGUGAACGAGAAAACACAAAAAAACAAAAGAGCAUGAAAUGGACAUCUCUUAACAUUUCUAAAUUCUAGAACGACCUCGAUUAUAAAACCAAACAAAAUGUGUGAUCUUGUGUUGUGAAGGGAAGCUGACGAACACCUCCAAGAUCUGCAGCAUCUCCAAGACCUCACACAACCACCUUCAUGGUUGUUAGCCAGUUGUGAUUGAUCACUCACUAAUUACAAUUUGUUUCUCAUCAUAAUGCAUAGAAAAUAAAAAAAAUGUAUUUCAGAUAA